CGACAGCAACUGCGACAGCAACUGCGACAGCACCUGCUUGCUUGCAGCAAUCCAUCUACAUGCAAUGCGAGUGAAUUUUAAGUUCGCACGCAUUCACAUCGCAUCCCAACCAUGAGGUCGACGAGACCAAUAUCAAGCACAUCACGCCCACAGUUCAUCCGCACUAUAUCGUCCAGCUCGACCCGUGACAAACCUCGGUUAUACAUCGCGCUGUACCCGCGAGGAGGUCUCUCCUUUUUCCGCAACAGCUUCAACUGCGACUCGUACCACUGGUCGCUUAUCGUCGGUCCACAAACGGCAUUCCGCACCGAUCCAGGCACGCGCUACCACAUCGCGCACGUCGACGACGACACCAACAAAUACGUCUACGAGGAACAGGACAUCCCAUCCAACGCGGGCGCCCAAACAGUCUUGAUAAGGAUUGCCGUUGCAAAAGUCACCGACGAGUCUCGUCUGGAGGCUCUGCUCCGGGAUAUUUCUCUCAGACAGGACGACUCGGCGUACACUUGCCACACGUGGGUCCGCGAAGCGUUCAUCAAAUUACUUGACGACAGCAGAUCGGUCAAAAGUUAUCUCAAGACCGACGACUGGAAUGCCGUCGAGGCGUGCGCUCGAAAGUAUUGCAAACGAAAACGGGAUGCUGGCAGAUUUAUCGAGGAUGCAAGUGGUGGGAACCACCAGUGGAAUGACCAGAUUAUAAGUACGUUCAAUUUCUGGGAGAACAGGGAAACUACGGCCUGAACGUGUAUCGACACAUGUUGGGACUUGGUAGUCU